CCCGCCGGCAACAGCCUCCGCCUCCACCCCCGCCCCCGCCGCUUCCGCGCUAUGUCAAUCUACCCCGCCCGCUACCGCCUACGCGCCGUAUCAGAAGUUUCACUGAUCCAGGAGAAGUGGGGCGUACCGCCAUGUAUUUUGGAUCCUGGCGAAAUCCUGGUCCGCGUGAUUUCAGGUGGUGUUCCUGGUAUGCAGCAUAAGGUGGGCAAGUGGAAGAAAGCUGCGGUGAUGAAUAGCCUCAGGGUCGAACUUGAUCCUCUGUUUUGGGAUCAUUAUUAUAACCAUUGUCUUCCUCCGCUUAACCCUAGGCGAAUAUUCUCUGCUCAAAUUAUCGAAGAUGAUCCUUACCGGCCAAAGAUCCCCAAGCCGCUGUCCAAGUUGCCGGACUGGAGCAUACUGAAAUCAGUCCGUGAGAAUAUGAAGUUCUGGUUGCGCACUUUAUUCUGGCUGAAAGGCUUGCUGGCCCUCAUGGAUGAAUCAAUUGGCAAAAGUUACGUGGACUUGUUUGUCUUGGACAGCGGCCCAGAAACUGUUGGGGAGGGAGAGAACCAGAGGCCUUAUUGGCGUAUCCGUGAGAUCAUUCCGACCGAUGAAGCGAUGGACUUGUUCAUGUGCAAUCUUGACCGUCGAUUCUAUGGGCCUGGAUAUGUCCCAGUAGUUGCUGGCCUCCCAUCAAAUGAGGACAUUGCAACUAUUAGAGCAUUCAAAUCAAGCCAUCACAGAGAGAAAUUGAAGUUCAUGCAGCACCUUUUCUUUCUAUAUGAGAUCAUUGAUGAGGAGCUGAUACCCCAAGUGGAUUCUAAAUUGGAAGAUCUUGUAAAUCGUGAGCUCGAGUGGUUACAAAAGAAUGACCGGCAACCUGCCACUCCCUACUAUAUUGAUUAUGAGGAUUUAGAAUAUGUGGACAGUGGAAUUUCUGUUCAGUCUAGCUGCACGGCUGGAUUCAAUUGAAUGGGAUACGCAGUGUGAGGCAAUACUUGAUCUUCGAUCUCUAGCGAAGUAUCACAGCGAAACGCUGCAGGAGUUCCUGUAAGUAAUUCUUUUCACGACUGCUCCUAAACUGCAAACUGCCAGAUCGAUUCACUUGUUCUCAAGGUUAUUGGUAUGCAUCGGUUUGUCGCACAAGAAGCUAUCCUGGUUCUUACGUCUAUGGCCAGAAGGCUUCAUGUUCCUGAUCACAUUUUGCUGUCCAAAGUCAUACCGUUGCUUCAUGAGAGAAGUCCGUUUGUUUGUGCGAAGGCCUAUCAGUUUCUGGCCCUGUGUUUGCCCGUCAGUGUCCUUGAGCGUAACGAUUUCAUAAUUGAAUUUGCAAUCCUGAUGAAGGCUCAUCUCCUGAAGAGGAAGUCUUGAGUCAUCCUGGGCUUCAUGAUCAGACGCACAAGCGAUGCGGGUGUCCAAGCACGAGCUUUUUUGAAUUUUGUCAGUCCAUCUACCUAGUACUACUCACUGGUUGUGCAAUGCCAGCUCCUAAUUAUACUAAGUAAAUUGUAGUGGCUGCCGUGUGUGUGUGUGUGCACCAGGCACAAGAGUGAUGCUUGCGCGAGCGGGUUAUGUUUUGUGGGUCAGCGGGUGAUGCUGAUGAACCAGGGUGGGUGAUGUUUUGUGGGUCAGCGGGUGAUGCUGAUGAACCAGGGUGGGUGAUGUUUUGUGGGUCAGCGGGUGAUGCUGAUGAACCAGGGUGGGUGAUGUUUUGUGGUCAGCGGGUGAUGCUGAUGAACCAGGGUGCAUGCGUGCAUACCCCUCUAAAAUGAGAUGUAGGGUUCGUGCCAAAAACUCAAAACUCCGGGAAACCAAUCAGGUGUUCAUUCUGUAACAGUCACUGCAACCUCUUUGUACUUCCAUGUUUUCCUUAUCAGCAUGGUAUAUUUUUGUGCA